AUGUCUCUAUCGGCAGUAGCCCCAUCUCCCGACAACGUCUCGAUCUGGGAACAAGCCUAUCAUGACGCAUGGCGACACUUCCAAACAUGCAUUGUAGGAGUACUCGAUAGGCUAGCCUGCUACAAUCCAUCUAUCCAAGAUCGUCAGACAACAAUUGAGAGACUAGGACAGCUUACAGUUGAGGUGGACAAUAUCCGAAUUGCAGGACAGGCCAUGUUUGAGCAUGUUCCGGGCUGCCAGACUGUGCGAGAGGGGACCCUAACUUACUUCGCCGAUGACUUCAUCGAAGACUGCCUCGAACUUCACUUCAAGCUGAAUAUGUUAUCAUGGAGGCUCAUGAAUCGCCCGCAUAGCGACCGAACAGUGUACAAUCGCCUUCUCAUGUUGCUAGACUCCACAAUGGACCGCGUGCCCGAGUGA